AUGGCGUCUCCUGAGGUGUUCGAGGAUUCCAGCUCCGGGGAGGCCUGUUCAGGGGGGUGCGGGGACAUCGUGGACUUUCUGCUGGAGCAGCGGCCCGAGGAGGAUGAGCUGAGCGCUCACUUCGAGCAGGCCGCCAAACACGCCCAGAACCUGGCACAUGUGGCCACCACAGAGCAACUCCUCUACCUGUAUGCCAGGUACAAACAGGUGAAGGUUGGGAAAUGCACUACUUCAAAGCCAGGUUUCUUCGAUUAUGAAGGCAAACAAAAAUGGGAUGCAUGGAAGUCACUGGGCGAUUACAGUCGGCAGCAAGCAAUGCAUGAUUAUAUAGAGACUAUAAAAAAGCUUGAUCCAGACUGGACCCCAAAGUCAUUUGAGGAUCCUGUUGAAGAGCACAAGGCAAGCUUCGGUGGACGAGUGGUCAGCUGCCUUUAUCAGGUGCAGGAAACACUUAGGGAUGAAGAUAAAGACAUCUUUGACUACUGCCGGGAGAAUGACAUCUCGCGAAUAUCACAUGCCCUGGCUACAGGGGCAAUUGAGGUGAAUGUGGCAGAUGAUGAGGGUCGCGGCCUCCUCCACUGGGCCUGUGAUAGAGGACACACACAACUAGUGUCUACACUUCUCUUCCAUAAUGCUCACAUAAACAUGCAGGUAAGCAUGCAGGGCUUAUUUACACCGGCAGUGUUGGACAGCAUUGCCAAACCACCUACCAUUGGAAGAAGAUUGCAAUUUGCCUUCUUCCUUUAUGGAUAUAGUUCAUCUAAUUUGAUCUGGAAGCAAAUUGGAUCAUAUUUUGCUGGGUUUUUUGCCUUCUCUGGAUCAACUGUGGGUAUAGGAUUAUAA